AUGGCGUCGACGUCCGUGCUCCAGCACUUUGAGGUGUAUCAGAAAGCCCGUGUAACGUUCGUCCAGGCCGUGGCGGAGGCUGCCACGCGGCCGCAAAACAUCGAAGUCAUGCAGAAUGCCGGUGUGAUGCAGCUGCUACGUCCUCUGCUGCUCGACAACGUGCCAAGCAUCCAGCAGUCUGCAGCACUAGCACUUGGUCGUCUCGCAAACUACAGCGACGACCUGGCCGAGGCCGUCGUAGGCAACGAAAUCUUACCGCAGCUCGUGUACUCUCUCUCGGAGCAGAACCGUUUUUACAAGAAAGCCGCUGCGUUCGUGCUGCGGGCAGUGGCCAAGCAUUCUCCCGAAUUAGCUCAGGCUGUCGUGGAUUCAGGUGCAUUGGAGUCUCUAGUACCAUGCUUGGAAGAGUUUGACCCAACCGUAAAAGAAGCAGCAGCGUGGGCGAUCGGCUACAUUGCGCAGCACACCGGGGAACUCGCACAGCACGUCGUGGAUGCAGGUGCUGUGCCGUUGCUCGUGCUCUGUAUCCAGGAGCCGGAAGUGGCGCUUAAGCGCGUGGCAGCGUCUGCACUUAGUGACAUCGCCAAGCACUCACCCGAGCUCGCUCAAGCUGUCGUCGAUCCAGGCACCGUGGCCUACUUGGCUCCUCUAAUCCAGCACCCGGACGCCAAAUUAAAGCGGCAAGUGUGCAGCUGUUUGGCGCAGAUUUCCAAGCACUCAGUCGACCUGGCUGAGAUCGUCGUGGAAGCCGAAAUCUUCCCUAACAUCCUGUACAACCUCAAGGAUAUCGACCACACUGUCCGUAAAAACGCCGCCACCUGCAUCCGUGAGAUCGCCAAGCACACACCAGAGCUAUCGAAGCUUAUAGUAAACGCAGGUGGUGCUUCUGCACUUGUUGACUAUGUGGCCGAAGCGUCUGGCAACAAUAAACUGCCAGGGAUCAUGGCGAUCGGAUACAUCUCGGCCUUCUCUGAGACGCUAGCACUCGCAGUGAUUACGUCAAAGGGUAUUACCCCUGUGAAAAGUGCACUGAUCUCAGAACCUGAAGAUCACAUCAAAGCCGCGAGUGCUUGGACAUUGGGCCAAAUUGGUCGCCACACACCCGAUCACUCGCGUGCGGUAGCCGAAGCCGACGUGCUUCGCCACUUACUGGCUUGCAUGAUCCACCCGAACAGCUCGGACGACCUCAAGAUCAAGGCUAAGCGUGCAUUGAAAAGUAUUUUGGCCAAAUGCACGCAUUUGCAGGCUUUGCAGCCGUUGCUGAGCGAAGCACCCGUGAAAGUGCAAAAGUACAUUCUCAAGCAGUUCGCGCAGAUGCUACCGCAUGAUCUCGAUGCUCGACGAUCUUUUGUGCAGAAUGGAGGCUUGGAAUUGCUGCAACAGCUCAGCGAAAUCGCAGGUGGUAAACUUACCGAGUAUAUCCUCGAAAUCAACAACUGUUACCCACCUGAGAUCGUCGAGUACUACUCGCCACACUACUCCAAGACACUCCUCGACAAGCUCGACGAUUACCAGCCCCAGGUACGGUGAGCUAGUGAAGAUCACAGUUAGACCUUCGUAUCGCCGGUGUAGCAGUAGUUUCGAAGCUAUGCUUAAAAUUGCUUUCACUCAAUUGUAGUUCUGACUUGAAAAGCGAAUAAUAUCAU